AUGGGGGAAAAGGCUAAACUUAUCAAAUCAGUACUUCAAAUUAUGACCUUUCGUAUUCUUGCAUCUAAAGACUGCUUUUUUAUUGGAACUUCAUCACAAAAGAAGAAGAGGAAGAAGAAGAUGUUUCCAGAUCUUAAAGGGAAACCGUCAAAGAAUAUAAUUUCAGAGAAGAAACUUGUGAAGCCGUCAAAGAGUAUAAUUGAGGAGAAGAUAGUUGUGAAGCCGUCAAAUAGUAUAAAUCAGAUGGAUGUUGAUCAGGCCAAUCAAAUCCACUUCCCGGAGGAAAUAAUUGUGGACAUCCUCAGCAGGUUACCUGUGUCGUCUCUUCUUCGAUUCAAAUGUGCUUCAAAAUUUUGGAAGACAUUAAUCUCGGGCCCAUGCUUUAAGGCGAAGCAUUGCAAUCAUGCGAAGAAUAAUAAAAAACUUCUUAUUUGCCAAGUUUUCUCUGCGGUUAGUUCGACUUCAAUUUUGUAUUCUGCUUCUUUAUCAUCGGGUCGACUGGUUGGGGAUGUACAAGAGCUUGGUUCCCCUUCAAAUCAUAUACGGUGUGGUUACCACAUAUUAUGCUGUUGCGAUGGCUUGUCUCUUCUUUUGUCUGCUCGUGACCACCACCAUUUUCUGUGGAACCCAUCCACAAAUGAAUCAGUAGUACUUCCUAGUCCUGAAUUCCCAAUGGUACACACUAGCACUUACGGAAUGGGAUACGACUCAAUUAGUGAUGACUAUAAGAUUCUUAAGAUUGCCAAAAGCAGUUAUGAUGCCGUACCCAGUAAAAUCUUUGCUCUAAAGAGUGGUUCUUGGAGAAUAAUUGAUAACCAUCCUCAUGCCUUUCACAAUAAAGUCUCUGGUAGGGACUCUUUGGCAUUUCUUCGUGGCACAUUUCAUUGGAUCAGUGAGGAUUAUUUAUCUAAGUAUUUUAUGGUUUCAUUUAAUAUAUCAAAUGAAGUGUACGGAGAGAUACCGUUGCCAGAGGGAAUUGGCAAUAUUCCCCACAUGGGUUACCUAAUACACGGCGUUUCAGUAUUAGAAGGAAUGCUUUGUGCUUAUUGUACUUUCAAAAAUAAAGAGGCGGGCACUUUUAAGUUAUGGGUAAUGAAAGACUAUGGUGUCAAGGAAUCUUGGACUGAAUUAUUUACUAUACGAGGGACCGAUCUAUCUUUGGCCGUACCGAAAUAUAGGUUUGCGGAUGGUGAAGUGCUACUCUACUACGAAGAGGGUGGAUAUUAUGGGUUUAGGACAUCCGGAGGACGUCCAUUUGGAUUGCUGCCUUCAUUUCUUGCUGUACAAGAAGGACUCGUUUAUACUGAAAGUUUGAUCUCUCCAAAAUUACUUACUUAG